ACGGAAAUUGUAUACAAAACCAAAACAUCCUUUAACGCGAGUGUUGAAAACAGUAAUAAAUUUUAUUAAAUGAAAUAAUGAUAAUAAAAAAGAAAACACAAAGUUGUUAAUAUAAUUAAAAAGAAAAAAAAUAAAAUUUCACAAAUAGUGUAAAUAAAUUAAAAUAAUAAAUAAAAUCAAAUUUAUUUAUUAUGUGUUAUUUAAAUGAAUUUCUUUGUCAAACAAAUUGCAACUUUUAUUGUAUUCCCAAUGCAUUUGCAUUUGCAGAAAAAAUAUAAUGAAGAGAACAAAAUAACAGAAAUUAAUGUCAUCUUUAAUGCUGAUGAUGAUGUUCGUUUCGUUUGUUACUCCGUAUAGAACAUGAAUGUCACAAUGUUAAAAUGAGCGUAGUAUGUACAGCAUAAACAAUCAAGUCCUGUUGCCUUAGAAAGCCUAAAGGCUGCUUUUAUAAAAAACCAAACAAAAAAAAACAAGAAAUUGUAGAAACAAACACCAGCAAAAAUGAAGUCAACCUUAAAUUCAAAACCAACUAUACAAAACGCAACUGAACCCACCCAACAUCAUUAGGACUACAACUGAAUCGAAACAAAGGAAGGAGUUAAAAUAAUAGACACACAGAGAGAAUUGAAGAAAAGGAAAAAAAUCGACGAAAAACACGGAAAAUUUUUAUAAAACUGCACUAAAAUAACAGCGGCAACAAUAGUGAAAUUUUCCUUUUGAGCACAACGUAAAUUUUUUAUUCAACUCACACCAAACCACGCUGCUCCAACAAACACACACACAACCGACAACUAACUGUCUUUUAUAAAUUGUGCUGCAUCCUUUCAAUUCCAUUCCAGUUUAUUUACUCUUCCUAUUUUUUCUGCGUAUUGCUAAAGUUUGUACUAUUAUUUUUACUUUCUACCUACUAUAACAUCAGUAAAAUUGUAUGUGUUCGGUGCAACAGCAAAUAAUAAAAAAAAAAACUUUAACCAACAUCAUCAUCGUCAACAUCAUUGACUCACAGUAGAGCAACAAAAUACAGAAACAACAGCAGCAGCAUAAUGUCCUCGUGCCCUUCAGGAUUAAUCGCUUAUUCAGCAAUCGUUUUACUUUGUACUUCCGGUAUAAAAGCCAGUUGGGAAGAAUGGUGGACAUAUGACGGUAUAUCCGGACCAAGUUUUUGGGGCCUUAUAAAUCCACAAUGGAAUAUGUGCAAUAAAGGUAGACGACAGUCACCCAUCGAUAUAGUACCAGAUAAAUUAUUGUUUGAUCCAUUUCUACGGCCAUUGCACAUAGAUAAACACAAGGUUUCCGGUACACUACACAAUACAGGUCAAUCGCUUGUCUUUCGCGUUGACAAAGAUACAAAGCAACAUGUUAACAUAUCCGGUGGCCCCUUGGCAUACAAGUAUCAAUUUGAGGAGAUAUACAUACAUUAUGGUACGGAAAAUACACGUGGAUCAGAACACUAUAUACAGGGUUAUAGUUUUCCAGGAGAGAUACAAAUCUAUGGCUUCAACAAGGAAUUGUAUCAUAAUAUGUCCGAAGCUCAACAUAAAUCCCAGGGCAUUGUUGGUCUUUCGCUAAUGGUACAAAUUGGUGAAACACCAAAUCCUGAAUUGCGCAUCAUAACAAGUACAUUUAACAAGGUGCUAUUUAGAGGAUUUUCAACACCCAUCAGACAUUUGUCUGUACGUGCUCUGCUGCCAAAUACAGAUCAUUAUAUUACCUACGAAGGAUCCACCACACAUCCCGGCUGCUGGGAAAGUACUGUCUGGAUUAUAGUUAAUAAACCUAUUUAUAUUACAAAACAAGAGUUAUACCAACUGAGACGGCUAAUGCAGGGCUCAGAAAAUACUCCGAAAGCUCCUUUAGGCAAUAAUGCACGACCGGUGCAAAAUUUACAUCAUAGAACUGUUAGAACUAAUAUAGAUUUUAAGAAAAAUAAGAAUCAAAAUGCUUGUCCUUCCAUGUAUAAGGAUAUGUAUUAUAGAGCGAAUCGUUGGUCACCUGAUACAGGACUAUUGAUUCGUUGACCCAUUAUGGAUAAAAGCCGACAUAUAAAUGGCAAAAACAAUUAUGAUAAUGAUGGCGAUGAUGAUGAUGGUCAUGUGAUGAUGACAACAAAAACAAAAAACAAUAUUAAAAAAACAAAAAUAAAAUUGGCUACAAUUACAAAACAGUACAAUGAUAAUGAAGAUAUUGGAUCGGGAAACGGUAGUCUUAUGAUAAUAGCUGCAGCAGCAUUAACAACAACUAAAGCAAAAACACCAAUAACAACAGCAGCAACAGCAACAAUAUUAACAACGACAACAACGGAUGUUAAAUUUAAAUUUAAUUUACCAUUAUAUUUUCCGGUUAAAAACAACAAAAAUUAUUAUGUCAACAAUCAUUAUGACGAUGAUGAUGGUGAUGAUGAUGUUGACAAUGACGACGAAGAGUCAAACUUAAAGGGUGACAAUGAUGUUGAUGUUGUUCAUGUUAAUGUUGCUGAUGACAGUAAGUAUGAAAAGGUUGACCAUGAUGUUGAUAAUGGUAUUAAAUUUAAUAAUAAUUAUAAUCAUUAUACUACCAUAGACUCAGGUCUUUUAUAUAAGUAUUGAAAGGCAGAACAGAACAAAUAUUACAAACAAAAACAAUAUUAUAUUUUAUUUAUUAAUAAUUUCUUUAAACAAAAAUUUAAUUUUAUAAAUAUUUUCCGUUUUCGAUUUAUGGGAGAUUUCAUCGCAGUAAAACUAAAUCAUAAUGUGCCUCUCAGAUGUUUAGUUUUUAAAAUAUUUUAAUAAGUUGUUAUAUCAUAGUUAUAUCAAGCCUAGUUUAAAAUAUAUUUCCAGGAAUAGUUUACAUUUGGCAUUAAAUUCUGAAAAAUUAAAUUGUUUCAGCUUUCAGUAAAAUUUGUAUUUUGGUAUAAAAAUGAAAAUAAUUUAUCCUUAUAAAAUAUUAAAAUGAUAAAAAAUAUUAUAUCUACCAAAAUUCAAUUAUCUGCAUAGAUUUCAAGACCAAAAUAUAAGUCUGUCAUAUCUGUUGGAGAUACAAUCUUUCUGCGUCUUUUGCCAUCUUUUGGUCAAAGGAAAAGGACAUUUUCGUCAAAUUCAUCUCAUCCGAGAGAAAUGUAUAUAAGUUAUACAUGUCGUAUGAUUAAUAAUUGUCUAUUUACCCAGCAAAAAAAGACGUG